AUGCCUCCCAAGAAGCAGGCCGUCGAGGAGAAGAUCCUCCUGGGUCGCCCGGGAAACAACCUGAAGAGUGGCAUUGUUGGGUUAGCAAACGUCGGCAAGUCGACGCUCUUCCAGGCUAUCACCAAGUGCAACCUGGGCAACCCUGCAAACUUUCCCUAUGCGACAAUUGACCCCGAGGAAGCUCGCGUCAUUGUCCCCGACGCCCGCUAUGACUGGCUGUGCGAAAAGUACAACCCCAAGUCGCGGGUACCGGCCAACCUCACAGUCUACGACAUUGCCGGCCUGACUCGCGGUGCCUCCACUGGCGCGGGUCUCGGCAACGCCUUCUUGUCGCACAUUCGCGCGGUCGAUGCCAUCUUCCAGGUGGUGAGGUGUUUUGACGAUGCCGAGAUCAUCCACGUCGAGGGUGACGUCAACCCGACCCGCGACUUGGACAUCAUCAGCGAAGAGCUACGUCUCAAGGAUAUCGAGUUCGUCGAGAAGGCACUCGAGAACCAAAAGAAGAAGACCCGCCAGGGCGGCCAGUCGCUGCAGAUGAAGCAGUGGAAGGCGGAGGAGGCGACGAUUGAGAAGAUCCUCGCCUUCCUCAAGGAGGGUAAGGAGGUGCGCAAGGGCAACUGGGCGCCCAAGGAGGUCGAGGUCAUUAACCCCCUCUUCCUCCUGACGGCCAAGCCGGUGGUGUACCUCGUCAACCUUUCGGAGCGGGAUUACAUUCGGAAGAAGAACAAGCAUCUGCCCAAGAUCGUCGAGUGGAUCAAGGAGCAUGCCGAGGGCGACCCGAUCAUCCCGAUCUCGGUCUCGUUCGAGGAGCGCCUGACACGCUACGAGACGGACGCGGAAGUGGCCGAGGAGUGCAAGAACGUCGGGGCGGAGUCGGCGCUGCCCAAGAUCAUCCUGCAGAUGCGCAAGUCGCUCAACCUGGGCAGCUUCUUCACGGUGGGCCCCGACGAGGUGCGGCAAUGGACGAUCCGCAACGGCACCAAGGCGCCGCAGGCGGCGGGGGUGAUCCACACGGACUUUGAGAAGACGUUCAUCCAGGUGAUUGUGUACAACUACAGCGUGCUCAAGGAGCUGGGCGACGAGGCGGAGGUCAAGGCGAAGGGCAAGGUCAUGACCAAGGGCAAGGACUACGUUGUCGAGGACGGCGACAUCUUGUUGAUCAAGGCCGGUGCUGCCAAGGCCUAA